AUGUCUAACGACACCGUGGUGAUUGGUGCCAACGCCGCCGACAUGACCGAGGUCGCCACCCGGCUCGCGGCCGUCUGCGACAUGAUCGAGGAGCACCGCAAGUCGGGAACGGCCAUCUGCGUUAGGCGCGCCACCGCCAUCUGCGCCAUGAUCAACGACGUCGCCGCCGCCGCCGCUGAGGGAAGGCCGACGACGACCGGCAGCGGCGACGGGAGGAAGCGGCCGCGAAUGGAGAGCGCCUGCUCGUACGAGGAGGUCGACGAGCUCGGCGUGGGCUUGUCCGGAUUCGUCGUCAGGGGGCGGCACCGCGCCACUGGCGAGGACGUCGCCCUGAAAUCGCUCCACCGCGAGGGCUGCGGCGUCGGCGGCGGCAUCGGGAGGCUCCUGAGGGAGGCCUGUUUCAUGGCGGCCUUCAGAGGCCACCCCUUCCUCGUCGCGCUCCGCGGCGUCGUGCGGGUGCCCGGCGUCGCCGCGGACGGCGACGACGACGACGACUACUCCCUCGUCAUGGACUACGUGGGGCCGAGCCUCCUCGACGUGCUGCGCGCCCGCGGCCGGCCAUUCACGGAGCCCAACGUGCGCGUCGCCAUGCGGCAGCUGCUGGCCGGCGCCGAGGCGAUGCACCGGCACCGGAUCGUCCACCGCGACAUCAAGUCCGAGAACAUCCUCGUCGCCGUCGGCGGCGGCGCCGUCAGCGUCAGGAUCUGCGACUUCGGAAGCGCCAAGUCGACGGCCGAGCAGAGCCCGCCGGGGCAGAUCGCCGGGACGAUGGAGUACAUGGCGCCGGAGGUGCUGGUGAGGAACGCGGACCACGGCGUGCCCGCCGACGCGUGGUCGCUCGGCUGCGUCAUGGCGGAGCUCCUCACCCGCGAGCUGCCGUUCAGGGGAGAGGACAUGGCCGACCAGCUGCGCGAGAUCUUCGACGUCCUUGGCGUGCCGGACGAGCGGGCGUGGGAGGCAAUGAGGCCACGGGUCCUCGCCGGCGAGGUAAAGCAGUGGCGCGCGCAGAAGCGGCGGGUGGGGCACGGCAACCGGCUGCGGGAGCUGAUCCCGGAGGAGGUGCUCUCCGACGACGGGUUCGAGGUGCUGAAGGGGCUCCUGACGUGUGAUCCCGAGAAGCGGAUGACGGCGGCUGCGGCGCUCCGGUGUGCAUGGUUUGCUGACAUGGUUGAAGAUGCUUGUGUUUGUGUACCUGCUGCUUCUGCUGUUUCCAUGAUCGACGCCACUGGCAAGAGAGGCCAUUUGCUGGGUGUGCGAUGA